UGAUAUUAAACUGACGUUUAUUUUUAUUAUUAUUUUAUUUGCGGAUAAAUCGCGCGUUUCUCGGGUAAAUAAUUUAAAAAAAAAAUGUAGGUACACCACCGCUACAUUUUUUUUGUGUAAUUAAAAAAAAAAAAUAAUUAAUAUUUUUUAAUAAUUUUAAUUUUUGUUUGAAAAAUCCAACAAAUUAAAAUAAUUUUUUUUUUUUGUAUAUUUGUAAUUUUGUGAGUUUGAUACAAAAAAAAUAAAAAAUAAAGAAAACAACAAUUAAGUGAAAUACAACAAUAUAUUAUGUAUUACAACAUUUUUACAUCCGUGCAUACAUAUGUACAUAUGAGUGUGAAUUUGAAAUAUUUACAGAUAUUGUAUUAAUUUUUAAAAUUUUGCUAAUUAUUUAUUAAUUGAUAAAGAAAAAAAAAUAAAGAAAUUAAAAAGUAAAAAAAUUAAUUAAUCUAACAUAUCAUAUAUAAGAAAACAAAACGGCAUUAUGGCUCUGGGCGAAUCACAAAACGGUACUGUAACGAAUGCCUCUAAUAAUAAACACAGUGAAAAAAAUGAUAAAAUUGAAAUGCAAAAUGAUAAUCAACACCAUAAUAAAGGAGGAGGUCAUGAAAAGAAAACCACAAAACAGGCUGAUGCAAAUAUAUCGUUUUUAAGAGCAGCGCGAAGUGGUGAUUUUGAAAAAGUUAUAGAAUUUUUAGAAUCCGGUCAAGUUACAGAUUUAAACACUUGUAAUGCGAAUGGUUUAAAUGCAUUACAUUUAGCUGCAAAAGAUGGUUAUGUUGAUAUUGUUAAUGAUUUAUUAAAACGUGGCGCUAAUGUUGAUAAUGCAACUAAAAAAGGUAAUACAGCAUUACAUAUUGCAUCAUUAGCUGGACAAAAAGAUGUUAUAAAAUUAUUAAUACAAUAUGGGGCUAAUGUUAAUGUACAAUCAUUAAAUGGUUUCACACCAUUAUAUAUGGCAGCCCAAGAGAAUCAUGAUGCAUGUGUUAGAUAUUUAUUGGCAAAAGGUGCAAAUCCAUCAUUAGCAACUGAAGAUGGUUUUACACCAUUAGCUGUUGCAAUGCAACAGGGACAUGAUAAAGUUGUUGCUGUGUUAUUAGAAUCAGAUUCACGUGGUAAAGUAAGAUUACCAGCAUUACAUAUUGCUGCGAAAAAAGAUGAUGUUAAAGCAGCUGCAUUAUUAUUAGAAAAUGAACAUAAUCCUGAUAUUGUAUCAAAAUCUGGUUUUACACCGUUACAUAUUGCUGCACAUUAUGGCAAUGUUGAUAUUGCAAAUUUAUUAAUUGAUAAAGGUGCUGAUGUUAAUUAUACAGCAAAACAUAACAUAACACCACUGCAUGUUGCAUGUAAAUGGGGUAAAACAAAUAUUAUAAAUUUAUUAUUAUCGAAAGGGGCUAAAAUUGAUGCAACAACACGCGAUGGUUUAACACCAUUACAUUGUGCAGCUAGAUCGGGUCAUGAAAAAGUGAUUGAAAUUUUAUUAAAAAACAAUGCACCAAUAUUGUCAAAGACAAAAAAUGGCUUAGCACCAUUGCAUAUGGCAGCACAAGGUGAACAUGAUGAAGCAGCUAGAAUAUUAUUACAAAAUAUGGCACCAGUUGAUGAGGUAACAGUUGAUUAUUUAACAGCAUUACAUGUUGCAGCACAUUGUGGUCAUGUUAAAGUUGCUAAAUUAUUAUUAGAUCAUCAAGCUGAUCCAAAUGCUAGAGCAUUAAAUGGUUUUACACCAUUACAUAUUGCAUGUAAAAAAAAUCGUAUUAAAGUUGUUGAAUUAUUAUUAAAACAUAACGCUAGUAUUAGUGCAACAACAGAAAGUGGUUUAACACCAUUACAUGUUGCAAGUUUUAUGGGUUGUAUGAAUAUUGUUAUUUAUUUAUUACAACAUGAUGCUGCUAAUCCAGAUGCUCCAACAGUACGUGGUGAAACACCAUUACAUUUAGCAGCACGUGCUAAACAAACUGAUAUAAUACGUAUAUUAUUACGAAAUGGUGCACAAGUUGAUGUUAAGGCACGUGAAGGUCAAACACCAUUGCAUGUUGCAUCUCGUCUUGGUAAUAUUGAUAUUGUUAUGUUAUUAUUACAACAUGGUGCAAAUGUUGAUUCAAAAACAAAAGAUUUAUAUACACCAUUACAUAUAACAGCUAAAGAAGGACAAGAAGAAGUUGCAAGUGUUUUAUUAGAAAAUAAUGCAAAUAUUGAUGCAACAACCAAAAAAGGUUUUUCACCAUUGCAUUUAGCUGCAAAAUAUGGUAAUGUUAAUGUUGCACAAUUAUUAUUACAAAAGGGUGCCCAGGUUGAUACACAAGGUAAAAAUGGUGUUACACCAUUACAUGUUGCUAAUCAUUAUGAUCACCAAAACGUUGCAUUAAUGUUAUUAGAAAAGGGUGCAUCACCGCAUACAAUGGCUAAAAAUGGUCAUACUGCAUUACAUAUUGCAGCCAAAAAAAAUCAAAUGGAUAUUGCAAAUGCAUUAUUACAAUAUGGUGCUAAUACAAAUGCUGAAUCAAAAUCUGGUUUUACACCUUUACAUUUAGCAGCACAAGAAGGUCAUGUUGACAUGGUUAAUUUAUUAUUAGAACAUGACGGUAAUUCCAAUUCUCAAGCUAAAAAUGGUUUAACACCAAUGCAUUUAGCUGCACAAGAAGAUAAAACUGAUGUUGGUAGAAUAUUAUUAGAUAAUAAUGCUAAAAUCGAUGAAAGAACAAAAGCUGGUUAUACACCAUUACAUGUUGCAGCUCAUUUUGGACAAGUAAAUAUGGUAAAAUUUUUAUUAGAAAAUGAUGCUAAUAUUGAAAUGAGUACAAACAUCGGUUAUACACCAUUACAUCAAGCAGCGCAACAAGGACAUACAUUAAUAAUUAAUUUGCUAUUGCGACAUAAAGCGAAUCCAAAUGCCUUAACAAAUAAAAUUAAAUCCAACAGUAUAUCACACAUCAAUUAUAGUAAAUUAUCAAAACAAAUAUAUUAUGAUACAAGUGAAAUUAAUGAUUUUAAAAAAUUACUUUUAAAAAAUAAUUACAAAAAAGUAACUAAUUAUGAUGACAUUAAGAUGUUAAAAAAAAAUAAGGAUUUUAUAGAAAUCAUAUCAAAAUAUAUGAAAUGUCAUUAUUAUGAAUAUGCAAUUAAUGGAAAAUACGGAAAUUAUACUUUCCCCCGAAUAUCAAGUACAAAUGGACAAACAGCUUUAAGUAUUGCAAAUAAAUUAGGCUAUGUUACAGCAGUUGAAACAUUAAAAAUUGUUACCGAAACAAGUAUUAUAAAUACAGUUACCGGUGCAUUAGAAGAAAAAUAUAAAGUUGUUGCACCAGAAUCUAUGCAUGAGACAUUUAUGUCAGAUUCUGAAGACGAAGGAGGUGAAGAUCAUAUCGAUCAUCAUAAUCAAUAUAAAUAUAUGGUAACAGACGGUAUUAUGGCUGAUACAAUUAAAUUUGAUACAACAGAUGAUGAUGAUCAUAAAAAAGUGAUCAACGAAACCAUAACAAGUCAAUAUGUAAAUACAGAUCUAAUGUCAAAUCCAUAUAUAAUAAAAGCAACUGAUAACGUUAAUAUUGUUCGACCGCCAAUACAUGUUGGAUUUUUAGUUUCAUUUUUAGUUGAUGCCAGAGGUGGUGCAAUGCGCGGUUGCCGCCAUAGUGGUGUACGUGUUAUUGUACCAACAAAAUCAUGUGCACAACCAACUCGAAUAACAUGUCGUUAUGUAAAACCUCCAAGAAUUUCAAAUCCACCACCUUUAAUGGAAGGUGAAGCUCUUGUUAGUCGUAUAUUAGAAUUAUCACCAGUAGAAGCAAAAUUUUUGGGACCUGUUAUAAUUGAGGUACCACAUUUUGGCUCAUUGCGUGACAAAGAAAGAGAAAUUGUAAUAUUACGUUCUGAUAAUGGUGAAACAUGGCGAGAACAUACCUUAAUUGCAAAUCAUACGAACGAUGAUACUGUACGUGAUGUACUAAAUGAAAUUGAACAAACUGGUGAUGCUUUAAAUCCAUUAGAAGAUUUACAUACAAAUCGUAUCAUUCGUAUAGUAACACAUGAUUUUCCACACUUUUUUGCUGUUAUAUCUAGAAUUCGGCAAGAAGUACACGCAAUCGGACCGGAUGGUGGUACUGUUAGUUCGGUAGCAGUACCACAAGUACAAGCAAUAUUUCCAGAACAUGCUUUAACCAAAAAAAUUCGCGUGGGUUUACAAGCACAACCAGUUGAUUUAAAUGGUUGCGCAAAAUUAUUGGGACAGGGAGUUGCUGUAUCACCAGUUGUUACAGUUGAACCAAGACGUCGUAAAUUUCAUAAAGCAAUUACAUUAAGCAUACCAGCACCAAGAACACAUGCACAAGGUAUGGUUAAUCAAUAUUCCGGUAAUGCUCCAACAUUACGUUUGUUAUGUUCUAUAACUGGUGGACAAAAUCGUGCAGUAUGGGAAGAUGUUACUGGUUCGACACCUUUAACUUUUGUGAAAGAUAGUGUUUCGUUUACAACAACAGUGUCAGCUAGGUUUUGGUUAAUGGAUUGUCGCAAUAUUGCAGAUGCAAGUCGCAUGGCUACCGAAUUAUAUACUUACAUGACAAAAGUUCCAUUUAUGGUCAAAUUCGUUGUAUUUGCUAAAAGAAUUAGUAAUACCGAAGCAAAAUUAAGUAUUUUUUGUAUGACAGAUGAUAAAGAGGAUAAAACAUUAGAACAACAGGAAUAUUUUAGUGAAAUUGCUAAAUCAAGAGACGUUGAAGUUCUAGAGGAACAGCAAAUUUAUUUAGAAUUUUCAGGAAAUUUGGUACCGAUUGCAAAAUCGGGUGAACAAUUGCAUAUGAAAUUUCAAGCAUUUAGAGAAAACCGUUUGUCAUUUAUGGUACGCGUUAAAAACGAAGAAGAACCGUUCGGACGUGUCAGCUUUAUGAAUGAACCAAAAGUUGCCAAAGGUGAACCACCACAAGUACCAAUAUGUAAUUUAAAUGUUUCAUUAGUUGAUGAAAGAAUAAUUGAAAACUGCCACAGUUUGAAUGCAUCACAAAGAAGUUUAGAUCGUAAUUAUUGUAUAAUUUUGAACGGUGGUUUAACACAAAAUCAAGAUGAAAUUCAUAAAGCUGAUAUACGUUUGUCAGAUAUAUGUAACUUAUUAGGUGAUGAUUGGAUGAAAUUAGCUAAAGAAUUAAAUAUACCGCAAAGCGAUAUUGAUUUGAUUGAAUUGGAAUAUCCGGAUAAACCAACACAACAGGCAAUGGUUAUGCUACGAUUAUGGCUAAGAUCAAAUCAGCACCCAUCGAGUGGAAAUUUAAUGAGACAGGCUUUACAAAAAAUUAAACGACCUGACAUUGUUGAUAAAUGCAUAUUUAAUUUGGAAUUAGUAACAGAUGACAUGGAAAAAGCUGUAGCUAAAAUGCAAUUAGACCAGUCGGGUUUUAAUAAUUUGCAAGAAGAAUGUGAAACAUCACAUAUAAUUGAUACAUCAGUAUUGAAUCGAACAAAAGAUAACAACACCAAUGUUAACAAUGUUGGUCAAAAACUAAAUAACAUUGGAAAUAAUGAUAAUGUUAACAUAACUCAAUUAAUUCAUAUACAACCAGUACAAGAAGAAGAUAUAACGAUCGCCGCAUCUCCGAAGCAGAGGGAUCGUCCAAAAUUUCCGCAGAAACAAUUACAGGAAGAAUUACAACCACAACAAGAAUUGGAACAGCAACAAAAUCAUCAAUAUUAUGUAGAUCACGUACAGAUAAAGGAAUAUCCUCCUUCUGCACCCGAAAUAUCGGAGCUCUCAUCACAAAAGAAGGAAGUUAAAUUAGUUAUAGAUGAAAGUCCUAUAAGUAAAAUCGAUCAAGUUCCCGAAAUUUUCACAGAAGAGAGAAAAAAAAUUAUAAUUAUAGAACCAGAUGUAUAUGAAGAACAGAAACCAAUUGAAAUAGAGAAAUCUAUUAUUGGAACGCAAUUAGACAAAGAUAUAAUCAAAGAAAAUCUUGACACAAUAUUACAAAAUUCAGCAAAUAUUGUAGAAGAAAUUAAAAAAGAUCAACCGAAUAGAAAAAGUGAUUAUUCUGUACCACCACCAACUCCAAUUGAAAAAACAAUUUCGUCAAAGCAGGCGACAAUUUCACCAAACUUCUUUGCGAAUCAAGAAAUUGCAGAAAAUGUUCAAAAAUAUGAUAAUAAUGAUAUUCCAGAAGAUAUGAAAAUAAUGCCACAUGGAAUUGAGACAACAACAGUAGAAACUGAUACAAAAACUGAAGAUGGUGUAACAACAAAAACUACGACAGUUAUUACAAGGACAGAAAAUGCUCCAAUCACACAAACAUUUAUAAUACAAAAUCCAGAAGAUGAGCUAUUACAAGCUUUAACAACAAAAUUGGAAAAAUUAGACUUAUCUAAUAUUAAUCCUGAACUAAUACAAGCUUUAACAAAGUCUGAAAAAGUAGAUAUAUCUGAUGUUAAUGUUGAUCUCCCUGAAUUAUCAUCAUCUAUUGCACCAAAAAUGCAAAAUGUUAAUUUAUCUGAUAUUGAAAGUAAUGUAAUAUCGACAAUUGCUGGUAAUAUAAAUUCUUCCUCAUCACCAAAUGGAAGCGAAACUUUAACAUCAAGAACAAUAACAACAACAAGAUCAACUACUUUACCUGAUGGUGAAAUUAAAACAACUAUUGAAACAGUUCAAGUAAUUGGUAGUGAAUUAGAUGAUGACAAAAAUAUUGAAAAUUUAAUACAGCAACAAAUACAACAUCGUGAUCAUCAUCAUCAACAAGAAAACCAACAGCAAUAACAACUAUAGAAGGCAGCCAAUGAAUUAUAGCAGCAACAUGAUUCUACAAAAAAAAUAUUGGACAAUUUCAAAAUAUAAAGAUUAAGUAAAAACAAAUUAAAAACUAUAAUUAAAAGUUAUGUUUCUAUAUAUGUAUUUAUUAAAAAGUUGAAAAAUAUUAUAAAAAAAAAGUUAAAUCGAUAAAAACAAAAUGAUACUAAAAAAUUGAAGAAAAGCUAAACCUUAAAAAAUAGCAGAACAAUAAAACGAGGUCUUUUCAGAAGUCUAUCUAGAAAUUCUGUUUAAAGCACAAAAACAUCAAUUAUUUUCUAUUAUCCGGGAAAUCUGGUUUAAUUAAUUUAAAUAAUUACACGUAAUAGAAGUGUUAAGAUGAAAAAGUUAUGAGGGUGGUAUUCCUCUUCAAUAUUGUUUUUAAAAUUUUUACAUUUUAAAUUAUGUACCAAUUGAUAUACUUCAUAGUAACGGUUACGUUAUUAAACAGUUGCAAAAAUUGUGCAGUUGUUUGAUUGUUUAAUUAUUUUUUUAUUCAUAUUGUAAGCGUUAAUAUAAACAAAUUAUGAACUCUAACUAAAUUUAAAAAUUUUAAAAAUUAAAGAAAUAAAAAACAGCCAAAUAUUUGCGGAAGUCUUUAAUUAUUUUAAAGUGGGAAUGUAAAAACUCCAUAUACAUACAAAUAAAAUAUAAAUUUUUUCUGUUUCAAUCGUAAAGUAAAAGACUUUAAUAAAUGUACGGUAUUUGUGUCUUUGAAAAUUUUUUUUAUCUUGACUUUUUUUUAAUUAAAAUUUGUGACAAAAGGUUUGAUAUAGACAACUAAAUAUACUUUUCAGAUAGGAUGCUUUUUUAACAAUGCAGUUUGCAUUUGCAUUUCAAACUUACAUGGACAGUAGCCAAAUUGUAAUUGGGAAAAAAAAGGAAAACAAAAUAAAUAUAUUCUUUAAGCGUAAAAUUUCAACCAGACCGCAUAUUAAACGAAGUAGAUAAAUUUUUCGUAUUCAAUUCUCAAAUAAGAGUUUUUUGGCUACAGUUAAGCAAUAUGAAAAUAGAGAGGCUUCAAAUUUUUGAGUUUUUUUUAAAAAAAAUUGAUUUCCGAAUUUUGCAUUACAA